ACAGUUCUUUUCUGCCCAUCAACUCACUCAGCUUGAAAAUCUGGAAGUUUUUUAAUUCCUACAAUCAUUUCUCAAUUAAUUUUUGCUAAUAUCUAUAUGCCUUGUGAACUUGCUUAGAAUAUGGAUAUUCCCCUGCAGAAACAGGAGAAUAAAGGUGUCUUAGUGAUCUGAGUGGCCAGUAUUGCAAUAUGGAUUAUACCUGUUUUUUUUAAAGGAGAGUCUUUGUCAGAAGAUUGUAUUUGGAGUUUGGCGAGGUAGAUGAUUGCAGAACUGAACAGUGUGUUACCUCUAAUCUUUGUUAUCUUUGUAUGUCUUUUGAGAAAGAGAGUGAUGAACUUGUUCUACCAGGAUUCCCAAAAGAUGAUUUUGUAUUGACCAUUUGAAGAGCGUGCAUUGGAAUACCCUGAUAUUAAACUCACUGGAAAUAAUACAAAUAUUCAACCAUCUCCAUUUUGAAAAUUGUUAACGAGCGCAGGAUUCUGGAUUGAUUUUGAACCUUGUAUCUUCAGGUUCAAAGACUCCUGAGGAACCACUGAACCAGUUAUCCUCUCUCAGUAAACUUCAACGAAGAUUUGAUUGCCCCGAGGGCAGCAUUAGACAAACUUGAAUCCCCUUGACAAAUUUAAACCAUGACCUUUAGCGGGAUCGCAUCUUCUCCAUCACACCUGGAUUUCAUUCCAAGCUAGUUGAUCUUCUUUCAUUUCCUGAUCUACACUGAUUGGGCGAAUCACUUCUUAGAGAAGGCAGGGAACACCAAUGUUAUCGCUGAUCUUCAGGUUGAUAUCGCCAAUGGAGUUCUACUAUCCCACGUCAUUGAUGCCGUCACUAAUGAGAAAGUCGCUGGGAUCAACCCCUCUCCUAGGACUACUAGUCAGAUGAUAGAGAAUAUUGAGAAAUGUUUAGGAUGUCUAAACUCUAAAGGCGUAGCAACUGAUGGUCUUUUAGCCAGAGAUCUACAUCAAGGUAACCUCAAGUCCGUCUUGGGACUCUUCUUCUCCUUGUCACGCUACAAGCAACUCCUCCAGCAGGAGGAUCAGGAGAGGCGCAAGAAAGCUGCUGCAGGAGGCGGGAACACGGUUGCCCAGCAACGAGCGCAGAAUGCAAAACAUGCUCAGCCUCCUCCACCGCCACGUCCAAACGGUCACUCCAAGCCCUCGUCGGCCCAACUAAGAGUAACAGGUGCCCGUCUUGCGGUCAGGCCUCAGGCCACGGUCAACGGAACCUCUUUGUCCUUUGGGGAACCAUCAUCGAUCAACUCAUCAACCACCAGCUUGUCAGUUGCCUCAAACCCAACCAGAACUCAAGGACGAGCUAUACCCAAUGGGUCAAGUCGAGCCAAUGGAAACAAUAACAACAUAGCUGGACAAGCAGCAUCAAGAAUUAAUGGCUCGUAUCAAGGAAUUAACAAGUCGUCUCAGAACUUGACCAGUGGUGUCCAGAAACAGACUGAACGACAAGUCCAUGUUGGGGCAAGUAACGGCGUAACGCAACAAGCGAAGGUCGCCCCAAACCAGUCAGUCAGACGCGUCGCACAGAGCGGUGCAAGUAAAGGUAGAGAGGCACAGAGUGCAGGGAGAGCAGCGGCAAGUUCGGGAAGAGCAGCCUCACGGUCGCAGUCUCCUCCUUCACAUGUCCAUUUGAACGGGGCUAAUAAUCAAAGCAGAGGUCGAGCGACGCAGGAAAAAGAAUCGACCCGUAGCACCAGUCAGCAGAAGUCGGGACGGGUGACACCCAAUCCGCAUACGUCAGGGCGCUCCACUCCCAACCCGCACGAUAAGCUCGGGCAACCUGCCCUCAACGGAUCUAGGAACACUGUAAGUGUUGAUCAGCGCAGAACAGCGGGGCAAGGUCCGAAGCAACGUUCAUUAUCGCCCUCCGAACAAGCUCCUUCGAAACCCACCAAUCACAGUACAGUCAGUAGCUCCAGCAGCCACGGGGCUAGAAGUCAGAGCGGGGCUAGUAGCUCCGGCUACCAUCACUCAUCCGGGCGAUCAUCCGGCGGGUCAGUGACCAGUAUGCCCAAGCCUCAGACAAGGCCCAGCCAUGGGGCUACGAGUACUGCGGGGGUUGUACGGCGGCAGCCCCCAGCCGGCUCAUCCUCACAAAACUCAGGCAAUGUUCGUAGGAAAGGAUCAAGCAGUGCUCGAAGCUCUUCCUCCGAUAUGGGUUCCAGGAUCCCCACCCCCAACAGUGGUCCUGCUGCCCCUAGGGGCGGGGGACUCAAGGCUCCAGGACAGCGUAAUUCCAUCGGUGCCUCGAUUAGCAAUGAUAAGAGUCGAGGCCCCUCACCUGUUCCCAACUCACAUGGUGCAAUACCAGGAUCCAAGAAGACAUCAUCAUCUCAGGUCCACCAGUCUUCAUCAGGCAUCCCAUCUACCUCAUCUACCUCCAACAUGAAGCCUCCUGGCUCCGGUCUAGCCGCACCCCGCUCCCAGACCAGAAGCCCCUCCCCUGGCAUGGCAUCCAAGGGCGGAGCAGGGUCCUCAUCAAAGCUUGAUGCUGCAUCAAAGAGCAAAGCCAGGUCGAGUUCAGUGCCAGCUGGCCAGAAGGGUAUUCCAACCCCUAAGAGCAGUGCAGGGGGUGCAGGCAAACCCCCUCUAGCAGCAGGUGGUGGUGGUGGUGGAGACAAGGCGGGGUCGAAGAUACCCCCUGCAAACAAUGGAAAGGGCUCCAUGCUGACCAAGCUCAAGAUAUUUGGGAAGGAUGGGAAAGGGCCACCACCAGCCGCUAAAGAGAAGGAACCGGAGAAGCCAAAAGAUGCGGUCGUCAAGAGUAAACCUGCUCCCGGGAAGUCAUCGAUAGCAAAACCAUUACCCCCAAAGAGAGACUCAUCAUCUGGUAGGCAAGCUGCACCUGCCAAGAAACCUGCUGCAAAGGAAUCCAAGUUAGCGCCUCCAAGCAAGGUAGAGAAGAAGGUCAAGGCAGAGGAACCUGUGCCUGAGAGCCAUGAAUCCCGCGUUGCAAGAGAGAGAACAAACUCUAAUGGGGCUGUAUCGCCUGGCCUGACUUUGGGGUCUAGUAGCCCCAAGAAUGCUCUCAAGGCUGUGGCGCAGAAAACAAUUGGAAGAGCCUUUGGUGGGGCCAAACCAAGGACUUCCCCUAAACUAGGUCACAAGGAAUAUGUGCAAUCUGAUCUCAACAACAGUGACUUGAGUGAUGAAGGCUCUAAGUUGCCGAUGCCAGAAAGCAAGCUGAAAUCUAGAUUGCCAUUACAUAGUGGGGAAGGUGAUGGAAGCGUAAAAAGCGAUAUAUUAGAAUGUGGAAAAAUGAGCGGACUGAAAAUGCCAUCAAAUAAAAUGAGUACUAGCAAGGUUAAACCUGUGCAGACAGUCACAAGUCAACAGCAUGGAGGCCCUAGUGGUGCCUCACAGAUUCCAAGUUCAAGGGGAAUUCCCAAACCAGGUAGCACGCAAAGGUCAGGACUCAAAGCCCCUGGUGCUACUGCUGCAAAGAAAACAGAACCCACUCCGAGCAGCGAGAAAGAAAGUGAGGAGAAAGUAACUUAUACAAGGGGUGGUGCGUACAGUCCUGUACCACCAAAACCUCCUCUACAAACUGAACCAAUACCAAUACUAGAUAGUGAGAAAGCCGUUGUAGAACCUAGUAAGUCCCCUGUGGUAAAGACGCCGUCUUCGGGUGGUCGUAACUCCAUAACCACAUCACCUAGUCACAACCGUUCCCCAGCUAACACAGCAACGGUUGCGCCAUUCAACUAUACUGGAAGUCGGCCCCCAUCCAAGGACUGCAGCGACACGAUAAGCAUUGCUGCGUCUAAUGAGACAGACUCGGCCAACGGCACUCCUAUCCACAGCCAGAUUAGUAUCUCAUCCACCACGAGUCAGUCUUCAGAGAACAGUGUCAUCUUCCAGCCCAAGAUGGAGGAAGACUUCUGCACAACUGUCUACAAGAAUGACAAGGCAGUCACAACCUUUGGUAGUACGCCCAAGCAACAGCCUCGUGUCCUCAAGUCCAUCCCAGACGUCCAGAGCUCAAGCGAUUACAACGUGACAGUCAUGAACUCGCAGGUUGGUGCCAGGCCCUCGCCGGUGCCGAACCGUGCGACUAAGGAGACAACCUUUGGUGACAGCAUCACGACUCAGCUGAAGGAGCCUUCGCCGGAGGUGAGGCAAUCUCCGGAUAUGCCCAACUCUCAUCGUACCUCCAGCUUGACCCGUCGAGGCUCCUUAGGCUCGACCUCCAAGCUCAGGAGCAUGUCGACCGUCUCCAUACCCACAGAGUCUACCAAUGAUAGCACCGUCAUGACAACCAAACCUGAUGGCACCUACCAGCCUCUCCUUAGCAAGGGCUAUCUUAACUCCAUGCGACGGACCUUCUCUAACCGCUCACACCUUAAUGACCUUCAGUUCACAGAUCAAACAAAUCAAACUCUCAUCGAUGACUGCAAUGACUAUGUGAGUGAGGAUAUAGCCAGUGGCUACGUGAGCGAUGGCGACAUCUUGCAUCGCUCUGCAGGCCUUGGUGAUAUAGGUAGCGGUUACAUGAGUGAAGGAGGAGGUACGCUGUAUGCAAGGCGUAUUGGGAUGUCCUUCAGAGUGCAUGAUGGGAUGGCCGCUGUACGAGAGUAUCUCUCCAAGUCCAUGGACCUCAGUGACGAAGAAAGGUAAGAGACCACUCUGUAAUCCCCUUUUAUCUAUGUUGUUUUUGUUGUCUACUUUCUUGUUUGUUUUUGUUUUAUUUGUGUAACUAUUUGAUAUUGUUUUUACAGUAAAUAUUACAUCAGUUUACUCAGUGACUUCAGCUGAUAUCAAUUUCGGAGCUACCUUCCUAAGCCCCAGACUAUAUAGAUAGAUACCUGCGCUAUACAAGACAUCAUUAAAGUCAUUC